AAUUUCACGAUUGUAUUUGAUCUGCACAUUGAAAGUUAAAUCUUCUACCUGUAUAUCUCACAUUACAAUUAUUGUUUUAUUUUUUUAUCUCUAUGAAUUUCUAUCUUUCUCAGUAAAACUAAAAAUGAUGUGUUUAAUUUCAUCAUCGUUGUUUUAUCUGGGUUUUAUUACUUUUUUUUUAACAUCGAUCUAAUAAGCACCGGAUACGUCAUUGAAAGGUUCGUAAAAAGUGAAUGCAUAUAUCCGGCAUGUUAAUUCAUCUACCAGCACACUUUGACUGAUUAUCUUAAAUUUUCACCUCGAACAUCAGGUUUAAAGGGAAGCAUUCCAUGAUGCGAUGAAGUUUACCUGGUGUUUCUUUGUUCUCUGCAUCGUGUGCACCGGUGUGAAGUCUAAACACCACCACAACCAGUACAUAGAGCUGAAAAAGGUUCUCCAACAGCGAAAACAAGAAUUAGACGCCAAAGUGUCCGAAUGGCUAAUAUUGAAAAAUGAAGAAAACAGACGAUUGCUUGAAGUAGUGUCGUUUGCUUCCUGGAACUAUGAAACUGAUCUGUCGGAGGAAAAUGCAAGGAAGCUGAGUGAGGCCAACAUAAGAUAUGCUUCAUGGAAAAAGAAGAGUGUGAAAGAGGCAACAGGGAUGCUUAAACUUCCAGGACUGACGGAAGAUGCUCGGCAUCAGCUCAAGUUAUUGUCAUAUGACGUCAACCCCUCUGACCCACAAAAACUCCGGAAGAUGAACGAUAUUCAGACAAAGUUGAUAGAAAUAUAUGGGAAAGGAACGAUCGAUUAUAACGACACAACUCUCCAGUUGGAGCCUGGCAUCACCAAUUUGUUCGAGACGUCUCGUGAUCCAAAGGUCUUGUCCGAGUUAUGGGUAAAAUGGAGAGACGCCACCGGAAAGAAAAUGAGCAACAUUUACACAGAAUGGGUAGAACUGCAAAACACAGGAGCCCUGGAGCACGGAUUUGGGGAUUUGGGAGACGCGUGGCGACAAAAAGACUUCUUUGACACCCCAGAACUCGUAGAAAUUGUCGAUGGUUUGUGGCAGGAAUUAAAACCUCUGUAUGUUCAACUGCACAGUUAUGUUCGCUUGAAGUUGAAAGAUUACUACACCAGGCUCCACCCAACCUACGACUUUCCAAACGAUGGAAGUAUUCCAGCGCACCUGUUAGGAGAUAUGUGGGCACAGGGAUGGGGGAACAUCUUUGAUAUAGUCCAGCCCUACCCUGAGGUAAAGGAACCGGACUUUGACAAAGUAAUGGCGGAUAAGGGAUAUAAUGUGGGAAACAUGUUCCGGAGAGCAGAGGAGUUUUAUACUUCUAUAGGCCUGUAUAAGAUGGUGCCCGAUUUCUGGAAACACUCCAUGCUAGUCCGCCCUUCAUCGAAAGACAGGGAAGUGCAAUGUCAUGCUUCUGCGUUUGAUUUCUACAACAACGACACUUUCAGAAUAAAAAUGUGUACAGAAGUCAAAAUGAGCUAUUUUCAAACAAUACAUCACGAGAUGGGUCAUAUAGAAUACUUCAUGGCCUAUCGGAACCAACCCUCCGUGUACAGAGAUGGGGCCAAUGGCGGGUUCCACGAGGCCAUCGGUGAUACGAUUGCACUAUCAGUUCGUAGUCGAAAACAUCUCCAGACACUCGGCCUAAUGGAGGACACAGCACUCUCGGAGGAAGAUAAACUUAAAUCUGACAUAAACUAUCUGAUGAGACAAGGUUUAUCAAAACUGGCUUUCCUGCCGUUCGGCUACCUGGUGGACAAGUGGAGAUGGCGGGUCUUCAGUGGUGAGGUUACUCCAGACAAAUACAAUGAGGAAUGGUGGAAGAUGAGAUUAGAGUAUCAAGGCAUUACAUCUCCUGUUCCGCGAACAAGUACAGAUUUCGAUCCUGGGGCCAAGUUUCAUGUUGCAGCGAACUCACAAUAUAUCAUAUAUUUUACCAGCUUUCUUCUUCAAUUCCAAUUUUAUGAAUCCAUGUGUAAAGUUAGCGGCCAUACAGGACCACUUUAUACAUGCGACUUCUACAGGUCAAAGGAGGCAGGACAAAAACUUCUGGAUGUGUUGAAACUUGGUAGCAGCAGACACUGGAAGGAAGCGUUACAGCUGAUAACAGGGUCUACUAAAAUCAGCACGGAACCCUUCAAGAAGUAUUUUCAGCCAUUGAUGGAUUUUCUGAAGAAAGAAAAUAAAGGGGAAGUGGGAUGGGCUAAGGCCAAAAUAAACUGGAAACAGUCGAAUUGAAAAUAAAAUGUACAAAAAUUCGAAA